AUGGAGACGUUUUCUUGUAGUGGGAUCAAUUAUCUCUACACCUGUUGGUUCAUGAACUGCUUUGUAGACUCCAAAACUAGCGAUGAUGAUGAAAUCCAAAAGCCUUGUGUCAUCAUUCCCUCUGAUGGUUUUAUUCGGGAACGGCUUCUCGAAAGUGGGUUGGUCCUUGACCUCACUGUUGGAAUCUCUCUUUUCACAAUGUACUCCAAGUGUGGUAGUUUGGAAGAAUCAUUUAGUUUAUUCCAGGAGAUACCUGUUAAAGACAAUGCUUGCUGGGCUUCUAUGAUAUCUGGUGACAAUGAGUACGGUUAUCUAAAGGAAGCUAUUAGACUAUUCGGCGAGAUGUUGUCUGAUGGGACCAGUCCUGAUGAGACCACUUCUCUCUCGGACGCAUCAUCUCUAGGAGCUCAAGUUCAUGCCUACAUCACAAAGAUUGGAUUAUGCACAGAGCCUUCUGUGGGGUGUUCUCUACUGACAAUGUAUUCGAAAUUUGGAAGCAUUGAGGAUUGCUGUAAAGCAUUCAACCAGAUCAAUGGUCCAAACUUAAUCACAUGGACUUCGCUGAUUGCAAGUUUUGCGCAACAUGGAAAGGGCACUGAAGCGUUACAAAUGUUCAAUCUCAUGAAGCAAAAAGGAAUCAAGCCUGAUAAAGUGACUUUUGUGGGAGUCUUGUCCGCUUGUAGUCAUGGUGGUUUGGCCGAAGAAGCUUAUAUGCAUCUAAACUCGAUGGUAGAAAACUACGGUAUGGAACCUGAGAACCGCCAUUAUGCCUGCAUGGUCGAUGCUUUGGGGAGGUCAGGAAGACUUACAGAAGCUGAGAGUUUUAUCAACAAUAUGCCUAUUAAAGCAGACACUUUGGUCUGGGGAACAUUGCUUGCUGCUUGCAGACUUCACGAGGAUGUUGAACUCGGGAAGCUAGCUGCCAAAAAGGCUAUAGAGCUAGAGCCGUCAGACGCUGGAGCGUAUGUUUCACUCUCGAACAUCCUUGCACAGGUUGGUGAAUGGGAAGAAGUGGAGGAAACUCGGAAGUUGAUGAAAGGAAAAGGUGUAGAGAAGGAACCAGGGUGGAGUUCUCUCUGA